AUGAGUGAUAUGAAUAAUAUAGACUUGGCUUAUUUGGAGCUUGAAGAAGAAAAGGAUCAAAAUAGUCUGUAAGUACAUAUGUAUUUCGAAAAGUUUAUUUAAUUACCGAAUGGUUCAAUGUGGCUUACAUUCAACUAUUAUUUCUUCGUAUACACCAGCCAAAAAACGAACAAAAUUUCGGUGGAAAACUACACAUGAUGUGUGGCUUUUGACCCAAGUAAUUUCCAUCGAGCCUUAUAGAUGGAAACAUGGCUCUCGGGAGCGAGAAGAUGCUUUCAGGAAUAUAGCAGUAAAUUUGACAGCGAUACCAAACUCCGGUUUCCCUGCAAGCCUUAACCAACGUUCAGUGCGAACCAGGUUUUUUGAACUUGUCGAAGCGUUCAAAAAAACAAGAAACACAAGAAGCAAGAGCAACCGGCAUUGAUACUGAGUUUGACGGAUAUACACAGCCGUAUGGUUGAAUAUGAAAAUGGUUUCCUGCAAGAAAGUCAAUUAAAAAAAGAUAAAGUAGAAAAGGAAAAGGCGACAGCCGAGGAAAUGCGGAAAAAAGCAUGCGAAAAACUUGGCGAAACAAAGAAAAGGGAAGAGCAAGAAGAUACUUCUGGUCCUGGCAGAAAGAGGAAAAGCACAGAGUUUCUUGAAUACCUUAAAUAUAAACAAGAUACCAACAAGGAAAAUACCGAGAAACAACUGAAAAUUCGUGAGCAAGAAAUUAUUUUGGAAAAACAAAGAUUGGAUGUACAGCAAAACAUGCAGAAUAAAAUGGUCGAGCAAAUGAAAAUGCAGCCGGAAUCGCAAAAGGCAAUGUUCAAUUUAUUUGAAACAUUUAUGAAUAAGUUCAAACAAUCUUAA